AUCUCGUUCCUGCGAGUAAUUACAAGUUCUAUUAACAUGCUAUAAAGUAGCCAUUUUUAAUGUAAUAAUUUUACUAUGUUCUACAUUCCAUGAGGUACCAAAUAGCAAAAUUUGUAAAAGAUGGACUCUACAAAGAAGCCAUUGCACUUUACACAAAGCUCCAUUCUGCCUCGUUACCUCCCACCAAAUUCACCUUCCCUUACCUCCUCAAAGCAUGUGCCAAGCUCAGUGCUCUUUCCCAUGGUCAAAUGUUCCAUGCCCAUCUCGUCAAAACAGGGCAUCAAACAAACAUUCACACAGCCACGGACCUCACUAACAUGUAUAUGAAAUUUCACUUAUUAGAUGAAGCCAUCAAACUGUUCGACGAAAUGCCUGACCCAAAUAUAGGUUCCAUUAAUGUUGUUAUUUCUGGGUUUCUGCAUAAUGGGGAUUUCGAGGAAGCUCUCAAAAUCUUUAAACUAGUUAGUGUUGGGAAUGAUAAGCGCGAUUCUGUUACUAUAGCUACUGUGAUGUCUGCGUGCGGUGAUGUGGUGAAUGGCGGGCAAGUGCAUUGUUUGGCAGUCAAGAUUGGUGUUGAAAUGGAUGUUUAUGCUGCCGCGUCGCUUAUGAUNGUGGUGAAUGGCGGGCAAGUGCAUUGUUUGGCAGUCAAGAUUGGUGUUGAAAUGGAUGUUUAUGCUGCCGCGUCGCUUAUGAUGAUGUAUUUUAGUUGUGGACGUUUGGCUUCUGCAAUAAGGUUGUUUAGAUUGGUUGGGGAUAAAAAUUUGGUGUGUUAUAAUGCUUAUAUGUCAGGGCUACUGCAAAAUGGGGUGUUUGGAAUGGUAUUAGACGUGUUUAAUGAACUGAGAGAAGGUUUAGAUGAGAAAGCCAAUUCGGUGACCCUAAUUUCAGUUCUUUCUGCUUGUGCAAAUGGUAGGCAUAUCAAAUUUGGUACGCAGCUUCAUGCCUUCAUAAUUAAAGCUGACUUGAAUUUUGAUUCUAAGGUUGGAACUGCACUUGUGGAUAUGUACUCAAAAUGUGGUUCUUGGAAUUGUGCAUAUGAAUUCUUCAAAGAAAUGAAUUGUAAAAGGACCCUGGUGACUUGGAACUCAAUGAUCACUGGAAUGAUGUUGAACGAACAGAUUGAAAUUGCCAUUGAACUUUUUGUCCAGUUGGAUUCAGAAGGAUUCAUACCAGAUUCAGCGACAUGGAAUUCAAUGAUAAGUGGUUUUUCACAGUCAGGAAAGGCCGAGGAAGCCAUCAUGUUCUUCAGGAAGAUGUUAUCUUGUGGCGUAACACCACAACUGAAAUGCAUAACUAGCCUAUUACCGGCUUGCUCAGCUCUUACUGCCUUUUCUUGUGGAAAGGAGAUUCAUGCAUAUGUUGUGAGGACUGAUGCUUACAGUGAUGAAUUCGUUGCUACUGCACUCAUCGACAUGUACAUGAAAUGUGGGCAACCUUCGAAGGCACACUGUGUUUUCAGUCAGUUCUGCAUAAAGCCUUAUGAUCCAGCAUUCUGGAAUGCUAUGAUUUCUGGGUAUGGAAGAAAUGGGGAGAGUAAAGCUGCUUUUGAAAUAUUCAAUCAGAUGAUCAAGAACAAAGUUGAGCCAAACUUAGUUACUUUCAAUUGCCUUUUGUCUAUGUGUAGUCAUACUGGUCAAAUUGAAAAAGGAUGGCAGACAUUCAGAUUGAUGAGUGAAGACUAUGGUCUAAAUCCAACUGCCAAACAAAUCAAUAUCAUGAUUGAUCUCCUUGGUCGAUCAGGUAGGCUGGAUGAAGCUUGUGAAUUAUUACAAGGGAUAACCGAAACGCCUGCUUCUGUUAUCACUUCUUUGCUUGGCGCCUGUAAGUAUCAUUCAGAUUCUAAGCUGGGAGAAGAAAUGGCUAAGAGACUUUCAGAGCUGGAGCCUGAAAAUGCGAUUCCAUUUGUUAUUUUGUCCAACAUAUAUGCUGAACAAGGAAAGUGGCAGGAUGUGGAGAAGAUUAGAACAAUAUUGGAGAACAAGGGACUUAAAAAGUUCCCCGGCUUUAGUUUAACAGGAGUGACAUGAAAAGAUAGAAAACAGAUUAUUUAUAGUCUAUUCUUCUAACAAUUGGAGUUGGGGGCAGUCAAUUCUACUUUGAUAGUCAUGAUACUCUAGCUCCAUAGAAAAUUUGACAGUGUUUUCCUAAGACUGGACAUGCCUGGAGUGAAAUGGCAAGAGGUGUUUGAGGCUCCUCUGCAUGUUAGGCUGCUUAGGUAGGCUGGUCAUACUUCAUCUUCCUGGACACAUUAUGGAUUUGGAGACACAUCAUACUCUACGUGUUAGGUGAUCUCUGCAUCUGGUCGCUACAACUAUGUUUGUUGAGCUAAACAACUGUGUUUUCUUGGAUUUCCAAGUCCGAGCUCUCUUGAUCGACCUUUGGCCGAAUUGGUGCAUUAUCUUAUUUGAGCUCGUCUUCCUAGCUAGGC